AUGGAGGUCAUGGUGAACGAAGUAUCGUCUCUCGCUGCAAGCGUGGCCAGAGACAUAGCCCCAAAUUUCAGCCUCGGUGAAGGCAAUACUAUCACAGGGGGGACAAUAAUCGGUGGAGAUCUCAUCACCCAUGUCCACAAUAUCUACCCCCACGCCGAGCCUCCCGACUCAGCGAAAGCUCGUGACGCUCUGAUAUCCGAGAUUGCCGCUUGGUUCAAUCUCAAGUCGAAUGCCAGAGCAAUCCACAACGACAUGAAGAAGAAACGGAUCCCCGAGACUGGAAACUGGUUCAUCACGAGCAAGGAGUAUAAGGAUUGGAAAGAUACCAAGGGCGCUGUUCUUUGUGCGACGGGUAUACACAAAGCUGGCGCUGGGAAGACGGUUUUAAUGUCACGAGUCAUUGAUGACCUCCUACCGCUCGAGGAAUCCGCAGACCAGAAGAUCUGCAUACUUUUCAUCUACAACCGUUACAACGAAACUUUCUCGGUUGGCGAUAUCUUGAAAAGCUUCAUCCUUCAAAUUCUACAACGACACAGCCAUCUCGUGGACCUCGUCAAACCCCUUUACCGACGCGGUCUCCUUGAAAAUACAAGCCCAUCCGACGACGAUCUUCUCAGAGUACUCCUCAAACUGGAAGACCAUUUUGAUCGCACAUACUGCGCCAUCGAUGGAGUGGACGAAGUCGAUCGCAAGAACCUGGUCGACCUGAUUCUGGUCUUGGAACAGCUGCAGGGGAAUGUGAUCUUCGCCUCCCGCCCACUGGAAAGCCUGAGGACGAGUUUGAAGAACGCGGUCUAUUUGACGUUGCUGGCGCAGGAUCACGACCUCCGACUGCUUGUUGAUGACAGGCUGAGGCGGUACAGCGGGCUAUGUCGUAUUCUGGAGAAGCAUAACUAUCGAGAGGAGGCGAUCAGACGGAUAACAGAGAAGGCAGCUGGAAUGUUCCUUCACGCUGCCCUGCAAAUCGAAGCUCUCCGCAGCUGUUUGUCGCUUGUCACCAUUGAAGCGAAGCUCGACCAGUUUCCCGCAGGGAUAGAGGGGAUGUACGCAGCUAGCAUCUCCCGGAUCGAGAACCAAGACCCAGAACUCGUGAAGAUUGCCAAGCUGACACUGUUCUGGCUCGUCUUUGCUCGCCGACCGCUCUCGUUGCGGGACCUGCAAACCGCUCUUGGUGUGAACCCGGAAACACACAGUGUCGAUAAGUCCCUGAUACCAGAUGAGCAAGCCAUCAUUGACCUGUGCUGUGGUCUGGUGGAGCUGGACGCGGAAAGUGCUGUUGUUAGACUUGUCCAUCUUACAGCCAAAGAUGCACUCGAACCGCUUCUCCUCAAGGACUUUCCCCAACCCCACCUCUUCAUCAGCAAGGUCUUGGCCCAGCGAAUGGUCGACAACAAUCUACCUUGUUGCACGAUUACCGAACCUGAACAAUUCACGACACUUCUCAGCCAGGAACCACUCCUGGAUUAUUCCUACCGACAUUGGGGUACCCAUGUUCGGGAAUGUGGAGAUUCACCCGAGGCCGUUGAUGCUGCAUUGUCAUUUCUGCAGCAGUGCACAUCCUUUCCCCACACAUAUUGGAAUCGCCUCGACUUGAUGAAGCCGCUCCAUGUCGCUGCUUGCUAUGGCCUCUCAACCAUCUUGGACAACAUGGCCUUUGACGAUUAUGGAAUUUCACACUUUCCAGCAUCACCGACCUCAUCCAGUAGUUCGCCUCAGAGAUGCGUCCAACUCUCCGAACCUAUCCGAAUCAACGAUACUACAAUGCUGGGUUGGACUGCCUUGAUGGUGGCCUCGUAUCGUAAUGAGGUCGAUUUCGUGAAGAAACUUCUUCGAGUUCCAUCCAUCGACAUUAACGCGAGUAAGGCGGGUCAGGUGGCGCUGGAAUGGGCCUCCCUAUUGGAACAAGGCAAAGGGGAUAGCCAUUCCGGGAAGGGCCCUGGUGCCAAUGACAGCGCCGUGGACGACGGUUGGACUGCGUUGAUGUGGGCUUCCUAUAUCGGUGACGAGCGACUGGUCAACGAGCUCCUCAAUUCUCCUGGAGUGGACGUCAACGCUGCAAGCAAAACUGGGUGGACUGCACUCAUGUUGGCUUCGCGACACGGCCACAGUAGAACGGUCAGGCGCCUCCUCCAGGCCCAUGGCAUCAACGUCAACGCUGUGAGCGACAAAGGGUGGACUGCACUCAUGCUGGCCGCGGAGAACGGCCAUGAUGUAGUGGUUAGCCAACUUCUCCAGGUCCAUGGCAUCAAUGUGAACGCUGCCACCAGCGACGGGUGGACCGCGCUCAUGUACGCCUCGCAAAGAGGCCGUAAUGGUGUGGUCGCACAACUCCUUCGGUGCCAUGGCAUCGCCAUAAAUGCUGCGAUAAGCAAUGGGUGGACAGCGCUAAUGCUAGCCUCAGGCUACGGUCACGAUGGCGUGGUUCGCCAGCUCCUACAGAUGCACGGCGUAGACGUCAACGCGACAGCUAACACCGGGUGGACUGCACUGAUGUACGCUUUACAAAAGGGUUACGGUGGUGUCGUCCAGCAGCUCCUCCGGUUUCACGGAACCAAGGUCAACGUGCUGGCCUCGCAAAAUGGCCAUGAGGUGGUGGUCAAGCAACUUCUUCAGUUCAACGGCAUCGACGCCAACAGUGCGAACAACAACGGUUGCACCGCGCUCAUGUAUGCCUCGCAUAAUGGUCACGAAGAGGUGGUUAGCCUGCUCCUGCAGUUCCCUGGUAUCGACGUCAACUCUGUCACCAACGAAGGGUGGACCGCACUCAUGUACGCAUCGCAGAAGGGUGGCGAUGGAGUGGUCAAACAACUCGCCCAGUUCGACGGCGUCAGCGUCAACAAUGCGAACAGCAACGGGUGGACCGCGCUCAUGCUGGCGUCGGUGAACUGCCACGAGGGAGCGGUGGCCCAAUUACUCCAGUUCGACGAUAUCGCCGUCAACGCUCUGAGCAAGACCGGGUGGACCGCGCUGAUGUACGCCUCGCAAAAGGGGUGUGUUGACGUGGUCGAACGGCUCCUUCGGUUCCACGACAUCGAUGUAAACGCCGCAGUAAACGGGUGGACGGCACUCACGCUCGCCUCGAAAAACGGCCACGAUGGUGUGGUGGGCCAACUCCUCAAGUUCCAUGGCGUUGACGUCAACGCUGCGACAAAUAGCGGGGAGACUGCGCUCAUGCACGCGUCGUAUAACGGCCACGAUCUCGUAGUGAGCGAGCUCCUUCAGUUCCAUGGAGUCGACGUCAACGCGGCGAACAACAAUGGGUGGACCGCGCUCAUGCAUGCCUCGUAUAACGGUCACGAUCGAGUGGUGGGCCAGCUGCUUGGAUUCCCUGGCAUCGACGUAAAUGCUGCGACUAAUGGGUGGACUGCGCUUAUGCUCGCUUCGCAGCGCGGCCACGAUGAAGUGACCAAGCAGCUUGUCCAGUUUCGGGGAGUUGAUGUCAAUGCGAACAACGAGUCCCAUGACAGGGAUUUGAAGUUAUAG